CAAUCAAGAGCCACGCCUUCAUCCUGAGUCAGUACCCAAUUGCUGCUCGAAGAGCCCAGAGGACGCAGUCGGGAUUGGCCACCAGUAUGCUCGACCUGGCCGCAACAAGUUAGGCUGAAUCGUCGUUAUAUAGCCCGGCGACGGAGCACGCGUGUGUGCGGACGCGUUUGCGUGAGGGGUUUCUACCUUCUCCCGUGCCGUGGAGCAGCGCUUGUUCCUCUCCCGCUCAGCCGUGCAGGUUGAAUCGACCAAAGCAAUGGUUAUGGAGAAGCCUAGUCCCCUGCUGGUCGGGCGGGAAUUUGUGAGACAGUAUUACACACUGCUGAACCAGGCCCCAGACAUGCUACACAGAUUUUAUGGAAAGAACUCUUCUUAUGUUCAUGGGGGAUUGGAUUCAAAUGGAAAGCCAGCAGAUGCGGUCUAUGGACAGAAAGAAAUCCAUAGGAAAGUUAUGUCACAAAACUUCACCAAUUGCCACACUAAGAUCCGCCACGUUGAUGCUCAUGCCACUCUGAAUGACGGCGUGGUGGUCCAGGUGAUGGGCUUGCUCUCUAAUAACAACCAGGCUUUGAGGAGAUUCAUGCAGACUUUUGUCCUUGCUCCUGAGGGCUCUGUUGCAAAUAAGUUCUAUGUUCACAAUGAUAUCUUCAGAUACCAAGAUGAGGUCUUUGGUGGCUUUGUCACUGAGCCUCAGGAGGAAUCUGAAGAAGAAGUGGAAGAACCUGAAGAAAGACAGCAGACACCUGAGGUGGUACCUGAUGAUUCUGGAACUUUCUAUGAUCAAACUGUCAGCAAUGACUUAGAAGAACAUUUAGAAGAACCUGUUGCUGAACCAGAGCCUGAUCCUGAACCAGAACCAGAACAGGAACCUGUUUCUGAAGUCCAAGAGGAAAAGUCUGAGCCAGUGUUGGAAGAAAGCCCUCCUGAGGAGGCUCAGAAGAGCUCUUCUCCAGCACCUGCAGACGCAGCCCAGAGCGUGCAGGAGGACUUGAGAACCUUUUCUUGGGCAUCUGUGACCAGUAAGAACCUUCCACCCAGUGGAGCUGUCCCAGUUACUGGGAUACCACCUCAUGUUGUUAAAGUCCCGGCUUCACAGCCUCGUCCGGAGUCUAAGCCUGAGUCUCAGAUUCCACCGCAGAGGCCUCAGAGGGAUCAACGAGUUCGGGAACAGAGAAUAAAUGUUCCUCCCCAGAGGGGACCUAGACCAGUCCGUGAGGCUGGUGAGCAAGGUGAUGUUGAACCGCGAAGAAUCGUGAGACACCCUGACAGUCACCAGCUUUUCAUUGGCAACCUGCCUCAUGAGGUGGACAAAUCAGAGCUUAAAGAUUUUUUUCAAAAUUAUGGGAAUGUGGUGGAGCUGCGCAUUAACAGCGGCGGGAAGUUGCCCAAUUUUGGAUUUGUUGUGUUUGAUGACUCGGAGCCUGUUCAGAAGGUCCUUAGCAACAGGCCCAUCAUGUUCAGAGGUGAAGUCCGCCUGAAUGUGGAAGAAAAGAAGACUAGAGCCGCCCGGGAAGGGGACCGUCGAGAUAAUCGCCUGCGGGGACCUGGAGGCCCUCGAGGUGGGCUGGGUGGUGGAAUGAGAGGCCCGCCCCGUGGAGGCAUGGUGCAGAAACCAGGAUUUGGAGUGGGACGGGGCCUGGCUCCAAGGCAGUGAAUUCCUCAUCACUGAUUUUCACACAGCAGUACAAAUCCUAGCUCCUUCCAAAUGGUGAAUUUCUUCAGCCAACCUUUGGUAUCUUGGAAUAUGAUCCUGGUCUAUUAUAAACUGCUUAAGUUUGUACAAUUUUACUUUUUGUGUUAAAAUGGUGUGUGCUCCUUCCCGCCCUCCCUUCCCUCCUCACCUUUAAAUCCUUCACUUCCAAUUUUGUGGAAUGAUAUUUUAGGAAAAACGGAUUUUUAAAGAAGAAAAAAAAGACUGAAUUUCCUUGCUUUAUUUGCGCAUACAGACUGAAUUUUUUUUUUAACAGCCAUUUCCCCAAAGGAAUGUGUCUUGCUUAUUACUGACAUUUGGUAUGUUUCAUUCAUUGGAAUAUUUCUUACUUAUUUUCUACGUGUUUCAAAAGCCUGUGAGAAUAACAGGAUUUGAUAAACAUUUUGAAGGCAGAAAAAACCCAAAUUAUUUCUUCUUUGAGAGUCAUGACUACCUUCUGGUGUGGAGCAAUUGCCAUUGGAAAAAUUGACAAUUUUGUUGAUUCUCACUUGGUAUGGUUAAAAACUGAAUAAAAGGUAUUAGUGGAGUUUUUUUUUCUUCUAUGUGGUCACAAAACAAUUCUAAAACCUACUGUUUUUACCAUUGAAAUUUAAAUUGUGAGAUAGGUUUUAAAUGUCUAGAAUGCAACUGAUAGGCUUUUCUUGAACUGUUAGGUUUUUUUUUUUUGAAGUAGAGUUUUUUGUUUAAUUUGUUUGUAAAAAAAGGAAAAACACACAAAAAAAUUUUUUUUGAAGUCUGAAUAACCCAAAACCGGAGCAAAACUGUUGUGCCUUCUAUUUAUCUUUGAUUCCAGUCUUGGCAAUUGUUUAAAGAAAGAUAAUAAAAAAAAAAACCCUAGAUUUGUUCUGUCAGGUUCAGAGUAUGUUGGGAAUUGCAGAAUCCCUCUUUUACCCUGUAUGUCUUCUGUUCAUUUAUUAUGCCUUAUUCUGAAAUUAAGUCUCAAACUGGAAUGCCUUUCAGAACAGAUGCUUCUGUAGAGGUCCUUUGUCCUGAAUAGUUCAGCAUUUGUAUUGAGUUUUAUUUCAGUGUCUAUUCAAAGUCCUAAUCGUAGCCCAUUAGAAAGAGUGUGACUUUAAUACUGGACUUCACAGAUGUGCUCAAGUUUUUUUUUUAAAUCAUGGCAGUUUGGUAAAUUUUCUAUUUUGUUAUGGUUCCCUUUUAUUGAUGGGAUGCAGUGGGUGUUACUUGGAAAUGGCCAAUUUUUAUUAAAAUGUUUCUGGAAGAAAAUUUAAUCUGGCAACAUAGACUAAUACUCGUUUUGCAUAUAGCAUGUUACUGUUGAGUGCUGUGGGUGAAGGUUUUGUUUAUACAUUUGUGAAGCAAGCCUUUGUGAUGACUUGUCAUUACUAAUUGAAGGGCAAUGAAGUUGUCAAAUUUAACUUAUUUCUUUUCUUCUUAACAGUAUUCACCUUUAGGACUGUUUGAGGAUAGUAUAUGAGUAGGAAUAGGGAAUGUUUUGUUUGUUUUGCUGUUACUGGGAAACUGGGUUUGCUGAAAAGUGUAGUCUUAAACUAAAGUGAAGUUUGAUGUUAUCAGUUGGUCCUCAGUACCUCAAAUAUUUGAAAAUUGGCAACAUCCCCUUUACAUAAAGAAAUUUACAUAACUGAAUCAUAUAGCUGUUUUUUGGAUCAGUUUAAAUUACUAACUGGUAACCACUUCAUUUGACCCAGGCCAGGGAUAAUUGGAAGAAAUUCAGCUUGCACUUUUGUAGCUUAUAUUAAGCUUGUGGUGGAAAGAAGAAAACUUAGCCUGAGUUGUUUUUGAAAGAAAAAAACUUUAACUUGUGGUAACUGUUAGGUGUUAAAUUAUGGAUACCCUGAAAUCGUUUUUUGUAAGUGAACACUAACCAUGCUAUUUAAAAUAGAAGUUCUUCCUUCUCAGAGCAUUAAGGGUACUAACAAGAUGCAGUGUUUCUCAACUUGGGGCUGUUGUGCUAUAUCCUGGAGGACAGUUAGGUAUGUGUGAGAUUAGGGGCUGUGUUGGAGGGAGAUGCACACACUGCUUCUGGCAUUUAGUGGGUGGGGGCCAGCGAUGCCAAAUGUUCUGUGAAAUGAAGCAAUCCCAUUGAGAGCUUAGAUAUCCCUACUCCUGUAAUUCAUGGUGGGCAGGGUGGCGGAGUAGGACAACUCGGGUGAAGACUCACUCCUCUGAGAUAGUGUCUCAGAAAAGUAAAUUAGCAAGUAGAAAUCUCUCAGGAAUUACAGUGACAUCUGCUGUGAGGAAUUAAUAGUCUCACUUUAUUUGUACCAAUGUGUCUGUUUUAAAUUUGGACAGGUUAGUAGCAGUAUACUAGACGCUUGUAACUUACUGCAGGGAACUUUUGCAUAAUCACAGAAAAGAAGAGUUUGCUUCAGUAAUUUCAAGUUACCAGAAUUGGAAUAUUGUGGAGUUUUGAAUAGCAUUGGACUUUAUAAAUAGGAAUCAUGGUUAACACUAUUAGGAAUCCCGAUGCCAUUGUUCACAUUGUUGCUGAUGGAAUAAACGUGACGCCCUAGAAUACACAUACAUUCACACAUUGAAAGUGAAAGUAAAGUAGGUUAGGGCAGGUCUUGUGUAGGCAGCAUCAGCUUAUCACAUUCAACACAAUUUGUUGUCAGUAGGAAUGACCCAGUAUACUGUUCUGCUGAGCUUAAGGCCCUUUACCCAUGAAUAUUUAAACUGGGUAAGACUAGUUUGGUUCAGUGGGUCUCAGUCUUUUAAGACGUGUUGAAAAUAAAUCAGUCUUGGGCCAUAUGAAAAUACUUUUGUUUGCUUUCAUGGUGAGGUUCGGCUUAACUUGUGUUUCCUGCAUUCUCAGCUUUUUGAGCUGUUGCUGGUGAGUGGUGAAUUGGAUACUACAAAAAUAAUUAUAUGGCUUUUUGGGUGAGUAGGUUACUACCACAGUGUUAGUUGAAUUGCACUUUAGUUUUAGGUUAGAAAACUAAUUUUCACAACUACCCUGUGGAUUAGGUACCAUUCCCCCGCUCCCCCCCCCCCCCAAUAGAUGAAGUGACAUCAGAGCAGUUAAAGGACUUGGGCCUCAAAGUCAUCCUAGUAGCAAGGAGCAGACUGGCCUCCAUAACUGAAUGCUUUUCCUCUAGAACCAUAGUGCCUGCGUAUUUACAUUUAAAUCACAGUAAGGGAACAGGACAUGACCAUGGUAAAUAACUGCCCUAUAGAGACUAGACUGGUGUAAAACAUUCAAAGCAAGGUUACUUACUGUUCUCUGUUCCUUUAGGAUAAGCAGGAUAAGUAAAUAUUGAUUUUGUAGGGCUUGUUUUGAUCUGCAGAUUCUAUGGUAACAGUAAUAGUGACUUACUAGAUUUUCUCAUCUGUUUGAUAACACAUUUAGUUCCACUUAAUCUAGAUGUGGAAGAUGAACAAACUUGUAUUAUAGCAUCAUCCCAGGUGAGUUUUUAACAGUUGUGUUUUGUGCUUACACCUGCCAUCUUCUGAUACUUUUCUUCAUCCCUUUGAAAACCCUUGUAGAGUUUAAUGAUUAGUGGAAAACAUGGCACUUUAUAGAAAAGUUUGUUAGAAUCUAUAUCAAAGUUUUAAAUUUGUAGGCCAUUUUUGCUGAGUGGCUUAUUUCUUUUAAGAAAAUGGUUGGGUUUGUCGAAUCUACUGAUCUAAAAAAAUAUUUAUAUUAAAGUUUAUUUGUAUGCUACUUAAUCUCUACAGGAACGGCACACAAAUGAGAUAAUUGUUGAAUUUUUUAGUAUAACAGUUUUGAACCUUGUGAAUGAAGCAACUUCAACAUUUAUUUGAAUAGGGGUUUCUAGGUUACUGCCUAAUAUACCAUUAAUUGGCAGUGGACCAUUAGAGUUAGUCUUGAAAUGUUUUAGAAACCUUAAGGAAUGAAAGUAUUAGAAACUUAAUGUCUUAUGUGGGAUAAGGUUGCUGAGAAAGUAAUGGCCAUGUUGUACUAGAUAAAUGAGGAUUUCUGGUUUUAAGGUAGGUAGUACCUUUUGGAAUUUGUAUUUGUUUGCUGUGGUAUUGAGGUUCUGGGGACCAAGCGUAGAAUUGUGAACUCUUCGUAGACUACAUUAAAGGAGAAAUGGUGGCACAUGUAAGAUGUAAACUUUUAUUUACAGUCUUUUUAGUGUAUGUGUAUCUAGCUCAGGAUAAUGCUCAAAUUAGACUGCUUUGCUUAUGCUUUCAUAAAACGGUCUUUCAUAAUGGCCUAAGUGAGUAGCAGGCUGAUUAAGAGGUGGGCUAAGCUGGUUUCGGUUUUGAUUAUGUUUCUGUAUUGGCUUAGAAUCAAGAUUGUUCGCCUUUUUGAUUGCAUGACUUGUUUUUAAAACCUUGGACAGUCUACCUUCCUCCAGUUUCCACUUGAACCUGGUGGUUUUUUCAGUUCCCUGUGAGAGGAAAAUAGUAUUGGAAAUCAGUUCCACUGUUACCCCAUAAACCAUGUGACGUGGCCAGUUACAGAAAUCUGUACAUGUUUAGAACUUUGCAAUAUGUCCACUGUUGCAGAUUCCUAAGGGAUUGCAUCCCGUUUUGAAAAAAGUAAAUUAAGGAUUAAGGGAUGCUUACCAAAAAUUCACUAUUGAAUUACUUAAAGAAGUAUUUAUUUCUCAGAAACCCACUUACAGGAAGUUUGCCUCUAUUUUUGGUAGUAAUUAUUAAAUUAAUCUGGAUAUAAGUUUUGACUAUUGCUGUAAUUAACCACUUUGGUUACUGAUACUCCACCUAAGCUUUGAAAUGACCAGUUUGACUUUAGAUUUGGUUUAAAUUCUGAAAUGUUUUUAUAAAGAAUGAUGCUUUUAAAUGAAGACACAAGGAAGUAGUGAAGAAAAAAAGGACUUCCUUUCUUUAAAGAUUCAAUGCAUACUUUAUGUGUUCUACAUAACACAUAAUGUUAAAAAAUCAUAUGGGUAGAUCGUGGAUUUUGAAGAGGAGUAGGGGUGGAGGUGGAAUUUACCUGAUGGAAUAGGAAUCAUCCGUUUAUAUAGAAAAAAAAUCAUAAUUUUCAGUGAGACAUGUCAGAAUAAGGCCUUUAAGUUUUUCUUUUCCCAUUCUGAUUAUUAACAGAAGAAACAGGAGAGACUCAGAAUUCUUUGAAUCGUAGAGUGUUAGUGCUGGAAAGGACUAAGGUGAUUUGUACGCCUUCAUUUUUCAAAAGAUAGACUGCCUGUAGAAUUAUUGAUUAGUGCAGAGUUUCAAAUAAGCUUAUAGAAGUAACGUGGAGCACCUUCAGGAAUUGCCAGUCUGCCCUAGGUUUGCUCUUGGAAGCCAGAACUGUUACAGGUUAGGAUGUGGGGAGAAAAGGGAAGGAGUCAAAAAUUUUAUAUGCUCACCCAGUUGCUUGUCUUGCUUGUUUUCCAUACCCAGGUUUUCUCUCUUUUCUUAGAACUGUCUUAAUGCCCAGUUCUACCAGGGCCUGUUGUCAAUAAGGACAUUAACUUGUGCUCCCCUCAGGGAUGGGUUUACUACUAGCUGUCAGAAAGCUAUUGGGUAUCCUAAUGUGUUAAUAGCUGAAACUCAGCUGUAAUUUUCUCCUGAAUCCUUCAGCAUUUUGCAUUCUGUACAUUGUGGUGCUUUUUCCACCUUGUAUUGUAUCUGUAAGCUCCUAAGGGGCAGCAGUUUGGUCUUAGGCAUGUACCCUGAUCAGUGCCUGCAGCACCAUAUAUGAAUCAGGCUCUAAUCUUCCUUUCCAGUGAUUUUGCUGUUCUUCACGGAAGGAUGCUCCAGCCAUGCUGAGCUACUUAACAGAUCCUCUAAUAAGCCAGGCAUUGCUGAUUCUGUGGCUUAAAGUGCCUUGUCUUCCCUGAAGGUAGACUUGCAUUUGCAUUGCCCCUCACCCCCCCAUCUCUUGCAGUCAAAGCCACGUUUUUUUCAAGACCUAGUUCCAGAGCUUGUUUUUUCCUCCCUUAAGAGAGAAAAGAUUUUUUAUAGGAGUGGCUAGCCCGUUUUUAGGGGUUGAUUUGGCCAGAAUUUGAAGCGAGGAACAAACUUACUCUCAUCUGCUUUCCUUCCACAUCGUCCCUCCUGUGAGAUGUCCCAACCUUCAUUUAAAAAUACGUGUUCCUAGAAUACUUCAUACCUUUCUCAUAGCUUAUAACUUACCCUUUCAACCUAGAAUUAGAACAGACGCAUGUCUGUUUUACUACCUUACUAGACCAUAAGCUCCUAGAGGACAAGGACUGGAGAAUUCACCUCUGUUCCUCCAGGAGGCACAGUGACUUGCACAGAGGCGUGCUUAAGUGGUGACUCAUUGAGUUGAAUAAAUUAGUGUAUUUUGGUUUAUAUUCUCACAGAUGGCAUGCUUAGAGAUCAGACUUACUGCAAUAGCUUUUAGUCACUAUGGCAUUUUGGAGUGGAGGGGAUUGUUGGGAAAUUUUGAAGGGUGGGCAAAGAAGGGAGGAAGUCAUUGGUCAUCGUGAGGUACUUCCAUCCCUGGUCUGGGUAGUUAGCUCUUCUUUCUGAUUGUGCCCAGUGUAUCCGGGGUACUUCGUUUCUGUGCACAAGACCUAUAUGUGCCAAGUUUCAUUUCGUUUCACAGACCUCGUCCUUUGUCCUCAGUUUGUCACCACCCAUGCUGUGAGUCUACAUCACCUGCUUCCGUUUGCUUCCUCCCACAUCCAGUCUCUAGCUAAGUCCUGUCAGUUCUACCUCAGGUCUUCGGCAUCUCUUUCCCCCUCACCUACAUAAUGUAGUGGCCUCUCCUGCCUUUACCUCUCCCCAGCCUACUUUCUACACAGUAUUAGACUCAUCUUACUGAAACCUAGCUCUGAUCGUGUAUCCCAUGUUUGUGUUCUAUCUCCCCUACUAGACUGUAAGCUCCUUACGGGCAGGGUCUGUGUCUGAGUCAUCUUUGUAUCUCCCAUAGCACCUAUCAAUAAAUAUGUCUUGAAUGAACAGCA